AAAAAGCAGCAGCAGCAGCGGGAGGAAGAAAAGCACACACACACACACAGAGCAACACACACACACACACACACACACACACACACACACACAGAGCAACACACACUAAUACUAACACUAGAGCCGGCUCGCUGUGGACAUGGAGCCUUCUCCUCCCCGCUCUCUCUGACAGGCGUCGAGUAAGGACUUCAGUAUCAGCGCUCCAACCGGGACAAACAUGUACACCAAGGGGAAAGGAGCCGUGGUGCCGUCCGACAGCCAAGCCAGAGAAAAGUUAGCUUUAUACGUGUACGAGUACUUACUACAUGUCGGCGCUCAGAAAUCAGCACAGACCUUCCUGUCCGAGAUCCGGUGGGAGAAGAACAUCACUCUCGGAGAGCCUCCCGGAUUCCUGCAUUCAUGGUGGUGUGUAUUCUGGGACCUGUACUGCGCCGCCCCGGACAGACGCGAGACCUGCGAGCAUUCCAGCGAGGCCAAAGCCUUCCACGACUACAGCGCAGCGGCGGCGCCCAGUCCUGUAAUGGGCAACAUGCCCCCUAACGAUGGCAUGCCCGGUGGACCUAUGCCCCCCGGCUUCUUUCAGGGCCCCCCCGGCUCGCAGCCGUCUCCCCACGCACAGCCUCCCCCACACAACCCCAGCAACCCCAUGAUGGGACCCCACGGCCAGCCUUUCAUGUCUCCGCGGUACCCGGGCGGACCACGGCCAACUCUCCGCAUGCCAAACCAGCCUCCAGUCGGGGUUCCUGGGUCACAGCCGCUCCUGCCAAACAGUCUGGACCCGACCAGACCGCAAGGACACCCUAAUAUGGCCGGCCCGAUGAGAAUGAAUCCACCAAGAGGGAUGGGUGGCAUGGGCCCACAGAACUAUGGUGGGAUGAGGCCACCGCCCAACUCUCUGGGCGGUCCAGGCAUGCCAGGCAUGAACAUGGUUCCAGGAGGACGGGGACCCUGGCCUAAUCCCAACGCUAACUCGAUAGCGUACUCCUCCUCAUCUCCGGGCAAUUAUGUGGGUCCUCCAGGGGGAGGCGGUCCUCCGGGAACUCCCAUCAUGCCAAGUCCAGGAGACUCCACAAACUCUAGUGAAAACAUCUACACCAUGAUGAACCCCAUCGGCCCUGGAGGCAACCGGCCUAAUUUCCCGAUGGGCCCCGGUCCGGACGGUCCAAUGGGAGGGAUGGGAUCCAUGGAGCCUCAUCAUAUGAACGGAUCAUUAGGGUCUGGUGACAUGGACGGGCUGCCAAAGAACUCACCUGGCAACAUGGCAGGCAUGAACAACCCGCCGGGAACACCGCGGGACGACGGCGAGAUGGGCGGCAACUUCCUCAACCCGUUCCAAAGCGAAAGCUACUCACCCAACAUGACGAUGAGCGUCUGAUUUUCCUCCUUUUGUAUCUUACUGUUUUAUUUUCCCCCCUCGUUUUUUUUCCAUUCGUUUUGUAUCCUGCAUUCCUUUUUACCCCCCGCGUCCGCCCACCCCUCUUCACCCACGCGGCCUCGGGACCCGAGCACGGACUCGCGCCGUAACGGCCACCGGAGACAGGGAGCGGCGGGGACAGUGUCGCCGACAUGGACGCACGGGGCCGGAGAUGGACUCACACGGACUCACGUGGACCCGUGCGUGAGCGGGAAGCGCUCUCGGCUCGGCCUCCUUGGGAACUCACUCCGCCUCUCUCCCCCCUCUGAGUUUGCAGUCUGUUUAUCCGUGCGGUAGAUUUCUCGUCCCGAGACGAGAUCCAGUGAUUUUAUUUCUUCUUUUUCCCCUCUUGGUUUUAACGUGUAUAUUUUUAAAUGCGAGCGUGAACUCAUGAAGAUGUGACGGGCUGAACGUUUCCAUUAUUUCUGUGUAUGUAUUGUAUUAUUAAUAAUUAUUGUUCUUUUAUUUUGUAUGAAUAUUGUAAUGAUUAUUGAUAAGGGUAUUUUUUUCUCUCAGACGGGCACAUUGUAUCUCAAUAACCAUGAAAUCGUCAGAGUAAGCACAUAUUCAUCAUGGGGAAUCUGAUAUUAUUAUGAUCCUUUGUUUUUUUUUGUUCCUUGUGAUGUGUUUUAUUGUUUCGGGGGAUAUCUUGUCGAUGGGUUCGGGAGUUUAUUAUUAUAUAUUUUUUUUUGUAUUUUAUUUUAAUUUUGGCGUGACUUUUUACUCUCCCCCUGUACGAUGUAGCGAUCUGAACGAUUCCGGUUCGGGAAUCGAGCGUUUAAAAUAGUAAACUUCACUCCACCUGUCCAUGAACGAUCUUGUUUUGCUGUUGCUGUGUCGUUUCAUGACUUGGAUGAAUCGAUUUCCUGCCUGUAUCAUCAUUUCAAAUAGUGAUAAAAACCUGCUUUUAUUCCAUCGCUGGAAAUCCUCAAGAUGUUUAUUUUCCCUCGUCGUGUUUCAUUUCUCCUUUUAUUUGAUUUCUUUAUCCUUUUAUUUUUACGUCGUUUUAUUGACUCUGCAUGUCUUACCACGUGGAGCCCGAUUCAGGACGUUUUAUGUCGCGGCCUCUGUGGUCUAAAGCGACCCCGGAGUGGCUGCAGGUUUUCAUCCCAGCCGUGACUAAGACUAGCUGGUCCUACCACGUGGAGCCCAAUUCAGGACGUUUUAGAUACACUGUAUUGUCAAAAGUAUUCACUCACCCAUCCAGAUCAUUGAAUUUAGGUGUUCCGGUCACUUCCAUGGCCACAGGUCGGCAUGCAGACUGCUUCUACAAACAUAAGUGAAAGAAUGGGUCACUCUCAGGAGCUCAGUGAAUUCCAGCGUGGUACCGUGAUAGGACGCCACCUGUGCAACAAGUCCAGCUGCAGGUUUUCAUCCCAGCCAAGACAGUAUAUGUCUGAAUAUGUGUGAUACCCUUUGGUACACCACUUUCACCCUAUAGCAUGGUCCAAAUCAAGGCCCGUCAUGUGGGUUACCCAGUCGAGAAGCUACAUGGUUGGCGUCAUUCAAGUCGGGAUCCGACAGCCGCCCCAUCGCUCUUUAAAUCGGUCUAAUUGAGCAUGAAUUUGGUUCUCUCACAAGUGCUGUGGCUCAAUCCAAUGGUUGCAGUUCUAUUUACUACUAGAUCUAUUUGUAUGGGCACUGAGAAGUCAUGAAAGUCAUGCCACAAAGUGAAACGAUAUCAUGGACCUUCCUACAUCGGGGUAGCUGUUAUUGGUCAGUGCGGUGUACAUUAUAUGGGCAGAAAUAUGUAGACGCCCUUUCAGUGGCGCAGCAGUAAAAUACACUAGCCCACAAACUCUUAGAUCCAGGGUUUAAAUUUCAGCGUUGCUAUUGGCCGGUUGGGCGUCUACACAGACAUGAUUGGUUAUGUCUGAUGGGGUGGGUGGCUGAACAGCCUAGCCGUUGGGAGUAGAACUUGUCAGUGCGCUCUCAGUGCUGGUCUCAGUGCAAGUCCAGAUGAAAUAAGGAAAGUUGAUUCAUCCGGCAAAAACAAAUUAACUAUCCACUGUGGCAACAUUGGAAUCUCUGUACCGCAGGGUUUUUCAUUUUGUCCAUGAUUUUUAUCACGUCCCAGGCAACACAAACGACGCAUCAAAAACAAACAUAACAGGAACUAUACCUAAUUAAUAAAAAUCUGGUCCCACUGUGGUUUACAAGAUGUAACGCAGUUUUUGACUUAAAUUUUGUUGAUUUUAUUAUUAUUUCUCUCUGCGACCUAUCUAGGGAUUUAAAAAACCCCUGUCCGACAUCACCAAAUUCAUAACAGGUGUAGAAAUCUUUACAUUUUUAAGACUUCCUUUCCCUUUGAAAUCUGGCCUCAAUUUUAACCAGCUUCAUCAGUAAAUUCUGGACGCUACUCGUAAACACGUCACCGUUGGAAUGGAAUCCCUGCAGACAAACCUCUUCUGGAACAGUGGCAGCCUAGCUCUGGUCUUCGCUUUGGGCUAUCAGACUAAAAAAACAGUUGUGGGUUUAAAUCCUUUAGCUAUCGUUGGGCCCUUGAGCAAGGCCCUCAGUUCUCUCGGCUGAGCCUGCACUCUGACCCAAGUAAGCUGGGGAUAUGCGUCAAAAGAACUUCGUUGUACUGUACACGUGUGUCUACAUAUAUGCUAAAUAAAUGUGUUCCAUCUACCUUUAAUCAUUAUUAUUAUUAUUAUUAGUGCUUACAGUACUGUGACAGUACACUGUCUAAGCAAUCGAGGGUUAAGGGCCUUGCUCAAGGGUCCAACAGUGGCAGUGGUGGGACCUGAACCCAUUGACCUUAACUGCUAGGCUACAGCUGCCCUGUACAACUGUACGGCAUUCGGUCUAAUGGAGAACUUGCAUGAGCUGCCCUGAAUAGUCAGUUCUGAUAGCAAGUAAGUGGAAAUGAACGUGAUUCCUUUGUGAUGGUUUGCCACCUUGUUCGGGGAGAGUUCCGACCUCGUACCUAGAGAUUUCAGAUUGCUUUGGAUCCCGCUUGACCUUGGUUGGAAGAAUCUGUGGUCUAAAGUUGUGAUGCCUUCAAAGCGCCUGGAGCUUUUCAGUAGUUUAAAGACCAAGACUAGCUGGUUGAGCAUGGAUAGUGGAUAGUAACCAUAGGUUUGGUUAAUCCUAGUCAGAAUGGCCACAGCGUUUCCUUCAUGUUGUAAAAGACUCUGAAUUGACCUCAAACCAGGGGCUCAUGGUCCUUAAACCGUGACUGUGUUCUUUUUCUAAAUCAUUUACCCACAAGACCGUAUUUGACCACUGCUGCGACCACUUCCGGUCCAUCGGAUACUAAUCGAACAUGGCUGGGAGCCACCUAACGCUGACCGAUGUUUAUUCACCCAGAAUUUCAGCUCCCAAUUCAUCCAGCACCAUAUCGAUUCACAGAUUUCCCUUCUGAAGCAUGAACCUGAAGCCAGCACAGGCUUCGGUCUGGUAAUGGUUCAACUUUUGUUUCAAUAAAAGAGGGGUUAACAAAGGGCGAGACUUAUAGCACCUUUAUUUGUCGUAUAUAUAUAAAUAUACCGAUGUACAGUACAACGAAAAUCUUCGUGUAUUUCGGCUUGUUUGGAAGCUGGGGUCACGGCGCCCCUGGAGCAGAGAGGGUUACAGUGGCUGCAUGGCAGAGCUAGGAUUCAAACUCUCAACCUCCUUUUGGUUGAUAGCCCAAAGCUCUACCCACUAGGCUACCACUGUCCCAAAUGGUCACACAUGGUGCUUUUGGGGCUGCUUUUAUAGCAUAAGCGAACAGCGCCCCACAGUGGUUCUGUUCCUAAGCUCUAUCUGUGAGGUCAGAACGUCGGACCACAGCGAUGAAUCAGUUGUAGCUUCGAGUGGUCGCACAUGCAGACUGGUGUAAAGUACAUGUUUUCAUUUGUGAAUGUUUCCCCCCCCUUAUCAGCGUUUUUUUUCUCCUCUCGUCAGACGUUUUCGUCCGUUUCGGAUCACGUCUCCUCGAUCAGCCCACCGGUACACGAUGUCAGCCUUUUUAUUCCUUGGAUUGCUCGUUGUAAAUACUGUAAAAUGCAUUUUGAUAUCAUGAACGUGUUUUGAUAUUCCCGUCCCUACACGGCUGUGGAAAACGGAAAAGGAUCGUAGACUUCGAACACGCCCCCUGCAGACGCUGCCAAUUCUCCGUCCCUGGAUAGUUAAAUAAAUAAAUAAUAAAUAACAAACGGUAACUCUGGGCUCUCAGGAUUUGGGUUGGUCCUUUAGAUACGGCUGAGCGCCCCACACUUGUCCGCUUCUCCAGGAAAACGACCAUCCGCGGUCGAUCGUACUGUCCAGUGAGCGUGUGCAAGCCGACUUAGCGAUGAAGGGUUUGUAUCUAGCUCAACCUAAAACAUUACCGAAAUACAGAGGACACUUCACUGAUCAUGUACGGCUGUUUCUCUCCUUUCCUGGCGCCCUUACAGUUGAAGUCAAAAGUGUAUGUCAUGGCAUUCUCAGGAUUUCACUAUUUUUGGCAACUUUGUCCAAACUAAUUGGGACGUUCUACCUCUUGACUUUGUAAAGUUGCUUUGAGACAAUGUCUAUUGUAAAAAGCGCUAUAUAAAUAAAUUUGACUUGACUUGACCUCUGUAAGCCACUUUAGAUGCCCACUAUCAAGCUUUUGGCACAACUUUGGAUAAAACUGACCCCUCUGCCAAGCCGAAUAGUUGGAAUUUAACCAAAAUGUGUUUUUUUAAUAGUACAAUCCACAUACGCUUUAUAGCAUAUAGACUUUGGGAGCCCAAAACAUCCACCACCAUGCUCGGCAGAAUUUGGUGUUUCAGGAGUCAAGCUUUCAGAUCGCAUUUUCCUCCUUAAACUGUGGCUGUGUUCGUUUUCUAAAUCAUUUACCCACAAGACCGUAUUUGACCCCUGCUGCGACCACUACCAACAUGGCUAGGAGUCGCCUAACGCUGACCUAUGUUUAUUCACCCAGAAGUUUAGCUUCCAGCUCAUCCAGCGCCACAUUGAUUCACAGAUUUCCCUUCUGUGGUCCUAAGAGGUUAACAAAGAGGCGAUGUAAAGCUCGCUCAACUGUGGACACCCGAGUUCCAGCAGCUAUUUGACCAAUCCCUCAACCUUCCCAAGACUACCAUGACAUACACGUCUAUCUAAACGUGACCUGUACAUAAGGAUUCGGCGAGCGUCAUCACUUCAUGUUCGUCCCAUCGGUCAUCUGUGCUACUGUCGUAAUGCUGUAUAAUACUGUAACAUUAGGAGGAACACAAGGGAGCGUCUUUGUUUUGUUUUGGAGAGCAGACGAGCGGUAUUCGAGUUUGGGUUUCACGUUGGAUCUGACUUGGCUCCCCGUCUUCUAGGGACUUUUUUUUCCUGUGUCUCGUGUACCUGCUGUUUUCUUUCUGUUGUACAAUUUCUUUAGGCUGCAAAAGAAGUCGUUUACCUAAAAGAUAAAAAAAUGAUGAUGAUUUCUGUCUUUUUUUUGUUUGUUUGUUUGUUUGUUUGUUUCUUUUUUUAAAUGAGUCGUCACUUAUUUUUGCUUGUGUCCCUUCGUUGUAGAUACAAAUUUAAAACUAAUAAAAAUAACGUAACCCCUUUUACCAAGACGCCUGCUUUUCCCCUCUUAUUAUUUAUUAAAAUGAAUAAAGGUUCAUACUUGCU